GAAUAACACUUGCUGCAGUGUGAAAUUUGUGAAGGAAUUGUUCGAAAUUUCUGACAUUAUCGAAUAAAGAAUGUCCGAGCAAUUUGAUGUGGUCGUAUUUGGAUCAUUAAUCGUGGACUUUAUAAGCUAUGUUCCACGAUUGCCGAAGGUGGGUGAGACACUGCACGGGACCAAAUUUGCAACUGGUUUCGGAGGCAAAGGGGCAAAUCAAUGUGUCGCGGCGGCACGACUUGGCAGCCGGACGGCAAUGGUAGGAAAGUUGGGAAACGAUCCAUGGGGUAAAAAUUACUUCAAUGCUCUGCAGUCGGAGGGUGUCAAUGUGGAUCAUGUUACCAUACUGGACGGUCAGAGUACCGGAAUAGCGCAAAUCAAUGUUGCCAAUAACGGGGAUAAUCAGAUAGUGAUUGUCGUGGGUGCAAACAAUAGUCUACACCAGGAUGAUGUUCGGGCAAGUGCUAAUGUACUUAACAAUGCGAAGGUUUUGAUUUGUCAACUGGAAACUCCAGCCCAAGCCACGAUUGAGGCGUUGAAGACCUUUAACGGUACAUCAAUCAUGAACGCCGCUCCGGGCUUGGAAAAUAUUCCGCUAGAUCUGCUCAAAUGUUGCUCUAUAUUUUGUGUAAACGAAUCCGAAACGGCGCUCAUAACCGGGAUGGCAGUUGAGACGGUUAUGCAAGCAAAAUCGGCUCUAUUCAAACUCCGUGACAUGGGUUGUGGAACGAUCAUCAUCACUCUUGGGGAGAAAGGGGCAAUUUUUGGCUUGAAGGAUUGUGCAAAAGUUGUGCACGUGAAACCACACAAAGUUGAUAAAGUGGUGGACACGACGGGAGCCGGCGAUGCCUUCAUUGGAGCACUGGCACAUUUCAUCGCAACCGAUCCUUCCGCCGAGAUGACCCACUGCAUUGCGGCUGCAAACCUAGUAGCCGCGCUUUCAGUUCAAAAACCCGGUACGCAGACGAGUUUCCCUCGAUUUGAGGAUACGGGGCUACCCAUGGUGCUGUCAUCUAGCCAAUGUGAAUGGGAAUACAUAUGAAGCUUGUUCACAUUUUUAAUCUAUGCUUUUAUUGAUAACUGAAUAAAGGUUUUCAUGUUAUUACAGUUUA